AUGGCAAAUCGGCACGGUGCAAUGCAGUGUGCAGACGCGAUUGUCGACACGGCUACGGCGUGUUACAUUGAUGAACGUGAACUGCUGGGAUUGUUUGGGUUUCGUCAGAUCAAGGCAGCGGACAUUCUCGGCGCUGCUAAUAUCCAGCUUGUCAGCAGGAACGAAGUCGAAUUAGCUAUGUUGGCCAUUAACCCGCAUUCUCAGCCACGUGACGAUUUGGCUAGUGCAAUCGCGGGCAACCUGGAGCAUGGGAAACAAAAGACCAGGGAUUUGCUUGAUGUUUAA